GUUCAAUGCGCCUAACAAUAAACAAAAAAGAAAUGGUGGGUGAAUCCAAAUGAUUGGUAAACUUGCAAAGGCAAGGAGCAACGAAUGCUCUUGUCGCAUUGGACGAAUAUGUUCAUCUUGCAAGCGUAAGACCAUUAUAAGGCCUACUAUUUCAGUGGAAAAACCGAGAAACCUCCCAGUGCCGAUAACUAUUUCUUAUUACAACCCAGCUAAUCGAAGUAAUCCAAAACAAAGAGAGACAGUUGUAAAUUUCCUGCCGAAAUCGAUGCGAUGGAGGUCGAGGAGGAAUAUUCAUGAACCGCCUCCGUUAAAGAGAUUGACUCCCAUUUGUAGAUGGUACAGACGUCGUCGCGCUCUAAAUCAAUUAGCAAAAGAACACGAUAAAGAAUUAGCAGCUAUAGAGAAGAGGAAAAGAAAGGAAUUUGAAGAAGAACGUUUGAAUGAUUUCAUACGAUGGGAACAGCUUAAAAGUAAAAAGACGCAAUAUAUUCCACCCCCAAAACCGAACGAUUAUUUGGAGUAUAUACCACCACCAACACCUAUCGUUCCUGUUCGAAAAUUGUCAUUGCCGAAGCCGAGAGAAAAAGUAUUUUACAUCAAAGAAACUCCUAAGCAACCCGCAAAAAAAUACAAGGCACCAAAAAAUAUUAAAUCAGCGAAAAAAAGCAAAGCAUCCAAAGCUAUUACGGUCAGAAAAUACAACCACAGACAAUCAAUAACGAACAAAUUCGUCAAUUGCUGCUACAGAAUCUGUUGUCAAUUCUACUGUUACUUAACUUGUAUUUUAUUAAUAAUAUUCUCAGUCAUCUGCCUGGUAUAAAUUACUCGUAUAUUUACAA